AUGUGGUAGUGCGCUCGCGCUAUCACCUGUGCCGUUGGAGCUGAGACUGAAGUCAAGGAGUCUCCGCUGCUGCGGACAUUAGCAGCUCUGAUUGCGGAUAAAACUGAGCCCAGUCGUCGGUUCGCUGGUAGCUCCUGACCUCAGGGCUGGCUUCAUGCACUGGAUUCUAAGUUUAAACUUUUCUGAUUUUUUUCCCUCGCCCCAGUUAUUUCUCCGUACUGUUCGACGCGGCGUUUGGAGGUUAGAUCGAGGGCCAUAUUUUCGAGCUGGCGUUAACUAACUCCCCUCUCCCCAGUUCAGGGGCCGGCAGCUGUGUGGAUUCUCUUCGCUUUAUCAUCUGCUCGGGAAUUCCAAAGACAUGGACAAGAUAUUAGAAGCCAUGCUGUUGUCCCAACAUCCAGCUUCAGUAAAACAUAGCUUCGUGAGACGUAUUUUAGAGGCAGCGAAGCAACCUCUUGACAGUAAUCAGUGUUGGGCUAUGUUUGAGUUAUCUACAAAUCUUAUUCUGUUGGGUGAUACAAAGUUCAAAAAGGAUGUGGGCAAAGAGGUUCUAGAGGCGUAUGCUGUGAACCACAUUUCAGAGUUUGAGAGUUUUUUUAAUGUGAAGUUUAUCUUGAAACUAAUGCAAGAUGGUUAUGGAACAUUGAACAUAAGGAGUGUUGGUAUUAUUGAGUAUAUUCAACUAGGAUUGAAGUAUAUUCAAGACAGUUCUUCUGCUGAUGAAGUAUUUCAUAUCCUCCAAAUUGAACUUCUCCGAUUAGUGUGUGAGAAACCUGGAUCAAAGUUGUGUGCCAGCAUUAGUAAACUUAUUGUUGAAUUUCCUCGGUGUAUUCCCAGUGGGAAGUUUCAAGUGGUAUUCUGCCAGCAACUUGUUAGAAGCAUAGGACAGUUUCAGAAUGGAUCAGAAGAGGAAGAUGAAAUAGUGGAAUUCUUGGAUCAAGUAAAUAAAGUAAGCAGCUUGUUACAGAGAAUCUGGCGAACUCAAACUGCAGCCAUUAUUCCAUCCUUGCGGGAGCUGUUUACUGUUAUUUCAUCAACAGAAGGAUCUGAGGGGCCAUCAAAUGCAUUGGCCACUGUCGUCCAGUAUGUUCCGUUGGAACUCAUGGAUGGGGUCAUUCGAAACUUGACCAAUGAUGACUCCAUUACAGAUAAAGAGCUAAUGACUGCUUUGACCAACAUGGUUGAUUGGCUUUCAUGGCCAUUAGCCCGAAACAUAGACAAAUGGAUUAUUGGCUUAUUGAAAGGUUUAGCAGCUGUGAAAAAAUUCAGCAUUUUGAUUGAAGUCACACUUGCAAAAAUUGAACAGGUGUUCUCCAGAUUAUUUUAUCCAAUUGUAAGAGCAGGAGCUCUUGAAGUAUUGAAAUACAUGCUGCUUAGUUUCCAACAUUCACCAGAAGCUUUCCACAUUCUUGUCUCUGACAUUCCCAAAUUAGUUUUGUCACUGUCUAAAGAGGGAUCUAACUCUGGUACAUGCUGUCUUCAACAAUUAUCUGAAUUGGUGCACUGCAUGAUCUUCCGGUUUUCGGGCUUUCCUGACCUAUAUGAACCUGUCAUAGAGGUACUAAAGGACUUUCCAAUUCCAAAUGAGGAGAAAAUAAAGUACCUGCUCAAUCAAAAUGCCUGGACAUCACAGAAAAAUGCACUGGGACCUUUGUAUCCAAGACUUACCACCAAAUCAGAGACGGGAAGGGUAGGGCUGGCCAACCUUGGCAAUACCUGCUAUAUGAACAGUGUUAUUCAGGCUCUCUUCAUGGCUUCUGACUUCAGGCAUGCUGUAAUGCUACUGAAGGAGAAUGAUUCACAAUCAUUAAUGAUGAAACUUCAAUGGCUAUUUGCUUUUCUGGAACAUAGUCAGAGACCAGCCAUCUCCCCCAGUAGCUUUUUGAAAGCUUCUUCUCCUCCAUGGUUUAACCCAGGAGCCCAACAGGACUGUUCAGAAUACUUAAAAUAUCUGUUGGACAGGCUACAUGAGGAAGAGAAGACUGGUAAAACAAUUUCCCAUAGAUUGAUACACGCAUGCAGUGAAAGUCAUAUAGAAGAUAAAAUUCCUGGGAAAACAUUAAUAGAAAGAAUGUUUGGUGGAAAGAUGGUGACCAAGAUCCAUUGUUAUCGCUGUCGUAAUGUUUCUUUCCGAGAAGAAGCUUUUACAGAUCUGUCCCUGGCUUUUCCACCACAUAGUAAGACUCUGCAACAAUCUGGCAGUUCAUAUGACUCUAAUGUUUCCACAGAGAUAACAGGUUCUGAUAAUAUGACAUCUCAAACUAAAGCACAACACAAGGCUACUAAAUCUCCAAUUAAGCAAAAGCAAACAAAGUCUAAAGAGCCUUCAGUACGUGUUGUACCAUUUGAAAUAUUAGCUUCCCAUGCAAAAGAGAAAAAGGAUGAUCCUUCUUACUCUAGAAUAAAGAGAGAUGAUAGUUCCCAUCUAUUUAGCCCCAUGCUGAAGAAUGACAUUGCAAUUGCCACUGGGGAGAAAGCGUGUGAUUCGUCAAGUUCUAGAUCAGUUUCUGACCUCAUAAAUUAUUUUCUUUCACCCGAAAUGCUCUCUGGUGACAAUAGAUAUUACUGUGAUAAAUGCACCUCUUUACAAGAAGCAGAAAAAAUAGUUGAAUUAACGAGGAGUCCACAUUAUCUCAUUUUGACCUUGUUAAGGUUUUCCUUUGAUCUCAUAACAAUGAGACGGAAAAAAAUUCUAGACAAUGUAUCAGUUCCAUUAGUUCUCAAACUACCCAUUAGGAUUGCCACAGAAAAAGUUGAACAGAUAAUUAAUACUGAAAAACAGGUCUGCCAACUCGCAAGCUGGAAAUAUUUUGCAGAUGAUGCCAAAUCCUUGUCAGUUACCUAUGACCUCUGCUGUGUAGUGGUGCACUCUGGAAUAUCUUCUGAAAGUGGACAUUAUUAUUGCUAUGGCAGAGAAUGUGUUCCUACUAAUCCCGAAAUUGGUCCAAGAGUCAUUUUGGAAGCAGAGAGUAGAGCUGGUGAUCAGUGGUAUUUAUACAAUGAUACUAGAGUGUCAUUUUCAUCUUUUGAAUCUGUCAGCAAUGUUACAAAUUACUUUCCCAAAGAUACUGCUUAUGUGUUAUUCUACAGACAACGAGGAACUAGACAUACAUGCUUAGAUGGUGAACAUAUUUCAGCUAGUGUUAGAUUGCACGGAGAAGCAGCAUUAAGCAAAGAGCUGAUGGAAGCAAUUGCCAAGGACAAUACUCAGUAUUUACAGGAAGAAGAAAAGGAAGCCCGGAAAAAAUCUGACUGUAUACCACUUGCUACAACACCAAUAUGGUGGAGACGAUUCGAUGAUGAUGAAAAUGGAGGUUCUUCUGGAAGUUGUGGUCCAGCUGCUGGGAGAGGCAGUGAUCUGGGGUCAUUUGGACGUCUAAUUUUCUAAAUAUAAUUAUGGGUUUCAUCAUUCUCUACCUCAGUUAUACUACUUACUUGGAAAAGGCUACAUGACUUGGUCUUUGAAGAGAUCAAAAGAGACUUGCCUUUCAAGCUGCUCAAAAUGUUUGCCUGUAAUAGCUUUCUGCUUUGUAUUGUUAAGGAAGUAACAACUGACAAUUUGUGGAAUUGCUUUAGUAAAAAGCAUAAUUAAAACAUAUUUCAGUAAUGGCGCGUAAACAAAAUGCAACAAAUAUGAUAAGUGCUGGGUUUUACUUCCAAAAUAAUAUAAUAGAAAUAAUAAACAGAAUUGGAAAUUGUUGAAAAAGCUCAGCAGGUCUGGCAGCAUCUGUCGAGAGCAAGUAUAGAAGUUCUGAAGAAGGGUCACUCGACCCAAAACGUUAACUCUACUUUCUCUCUACAGAUGCUGCCAGACUUGCUGAGGUUUUCCAGCAAUUUCUGAUUUUGUUUCUGCUUUCCAGCAUCUGCAGUUCUUUGGUUUUGUUUUAAUAGAAAUAAUAUCCCUUGAUCUUCAAUACCUAUUAAAUUCCUACUACUGAGGCUCUUUGAAGGCAUUCACAGACUGUUUUAUGAAUGUCAUUGGUUUUAGCUAUAAACUUGUGACAUUCUGUUGCUGUCCUUUGGAAUUUUUUUCUCCUCUCUAGAGGUUAUUUUUAUUUAACUCGUUAACGCCACCCUGACUUUUAAGAUGACUGCAGCGGGAUAUGUGUUCGCUAAUAAUGUGCCCUUUCUUAGAAAAGGCAGCUAGUUAAGGGGUUAAUGCUGGGCUUUCCAGGUGAGAUCAGAAAUUUUUAGGAAGCAAACAUUCUUGGUGAUGCAGUUGUACAGCAUGUUGGCAGGCUGCCCUCUACUGUUGACAAAUACCAUCCUCAGCCUGCCCAUUACAACGAUCCCAUCCGUCUGUACAUGAAUUCAGAAUUAUCAUUAUCUAGAAACAUAAAAAAAUUUAACUCAUUGAAGUGGUAGAAGGCCAUAAUGUCAGCAUUGAUCCUGAUAUCAUGAAUUAAAUGUCUUCACUGACAGGCUCAAUUGGUUGCCUGAAAUAUCAUCUUUUGCAUCCAGAAUAAGAAAAAAAAUCUGUGUUAAUACUUGUUAUCCAGAUAUUUGAACAUCGUAGUAAAACCCAGUUCUUUCAGUGGAAUGAAGAUUUUAUUUGAAGGCUUAGUGAGGUGCAUCAAAUGUUCAGUUCCAUCUGCAUCUAUCCCUUUCAUUAUAUGAUUACUAAACCUAUGCAUCUUUUGGAACUCCAUACAUGAAGUAUAUUUGAAAAAGUACUGUAACAUCAAUGCUGAUUUUUGCACUGGAAAAUAAUUUUGCCUUUUACAAACAAUCCUCUUUCUUGGCUGAAGUGCCAUUAUCAACUGAGUUAUUUUUGCUGCCAGUUAAGAAAAUAAUUGGAUGGAUGUGGAGGUGGUGAUGGAAUUUAGAAUUAGGUAGCCCAUCAUCAUCAAGAAACACAAAAGUCUGUUUAAUGUAAGUGGAAGUUUUACCCUCAACUGACUCUCAUUUAUUCAUCAUAAUAGUCAGAGCUAUGCAUUCUAGAGUUCUUAAACAACUUGUUACCCAAUUCCGAGAUGAGAAAUAAGGAGACCACCUGACAAAUUAAAGAGGGACAAGAAAUUAUUUCAAUAAGGGGGAAAAACAUGCAAUUUAAGAACUUCCAGAAGGGAGUAAGUUGCUUCAUUACUGCAUCAGCCAAGAACAUAAAUGACUUGAACAGCAAAUUUUACAAUAUGUAUUUUGAUAUAUCUUCAGGGUCUGUAUAUCUGUGUUCGUAAAAAGGUUAUGAAUCAGUUGAACCACAGUUCUUUUUAUCUUUACUAAAAAUUUGUCCAGAGUCUUAUCAGUUAAUUGUAUGGCUACUAAAUACAAUGAAAGUAAGGAUGCAUUGUGCAAAACAAAUUUCUGAAAGAAGUGAACCAUGUAAACCUGUGCAUUUCUUUUUUUUAAAUUAACAAUCUCUCAAGAAUGGCUGCAAACCUGUCCCGUGUGAAAUGUAAACUAGUUGCAGGUAUAGUUCUAAUAUAGUUAAGGCAGUUUCAUAGUGGGACUUCUUUGAUUGACAAAGACACAUCAUUCAGGACACUUGAUUGUUUUGAGUAAAUUGACAUAUUUUGAAAAGGCGUAACUUGAAGUGUCCCUCUUGCCCUUUCAGUUUUAAGUUGGAUUUGGGCUAAAGGAUUAAAAAGGAACUUUAAUGACUGUUUUACUUUGAAAAAUAUGCAGAAAGGAUAUUUGGAAAUGCAGGGGCAAAUUCAACUUUGGUCCAAAACUGUAACAAAACAUAUUGAGCAGAGUGUAGAACUGGUGGUUGAUCUGAUAUUGUCAGUUUUUCAUCCUUGCUAAAGUUAACUUUCACUCUCUAAGUCUCUUCUGAGGUAAUACCAAGUAUUACAGUUAAACAUUUUAAGAUCUCAGGAGUUGUGACUUCUCCAAAUAAAUAUUCUAGGAUAGUUGGAUUUUGAAUUACUGAAUGUUAGCUGUCAAUAUUAUCUUAAUGUUAAACUGUAUGGUGUGAAAUUGUAAAAUUGGUGCACCCAGAUCCAGAAUUUAAGGUACUGUUGCAUGACUGGUGAAAUUAUUGAUGCUUAUUUCCCCUUUGUAAGUAGUUGGCAGAAGUUCUCUGAUUAAAACAACAGGUAAAUCUAUAGACUGGCAGCUAAUUUUGGUACUUCACAAUUUUAUAUUUGUGUGAUAGGACAUAAAUUAGAUGUUUUUUCCUUCCUAACCCUCCUGUCUUAAUUCACAUACCUAGUCCCAUAGUUCUGCUGUAUCUUUCUUGGCUGUAAGUAGAAGAAAUAGGCUGAUACAUUUCAAGCAUUUUUUUUUUGUAAAUCCCUAAAUAAAUAACUCAGAAAUUAGCAAAACAACUUGCUUUAAUCAUCAGUGAUUGCUUUAGGCAGGCUGCUAUAUAUAAAAAUAUGGAGUGAAUAUAGAAAAUUUGGUAUCUGUUAAACAAUUUACAUGCUUUCUCUAAUGCCAGAGUUUUGGAUUUGAAAUGUGAAGAUGCAAUGCCUUAAUCCUUGAUGUUUCCCUAUUUAUGUAUAAUUCUAUACUUUCCCUCAGAACUACAAAUUAAUGUAAACCUAUGUUUUUCGUUUACAUCUAGACUGUUAUAUGGAACUAUUCUAGUCAACCAAGAGAACUAAUAUAGAAUGAAGACCUGUGUUGACUAAGUAUUAAUUGCAGAAAUAGCCAAGUGAAUUUAUUGUGAAUACACUUCUGUUCAUGGCAAUAUAUUUAUUCUUCUUUGUAUUGAUUAAUGGAAUUGUAUAAAUUGUAUAAAAGAAUGGUUAUUGAAAAGCCUUAACUCUUGCUGUUUAUGUAUGCAGCUGUAGUAGUUUACUAUCAUAAAAUGUAGAACAGAUACAACUAAGGAGAUAAAUUCUAGUUAUGCUUUCCAGAAUAAUUCAGAUUAAAUCAUUUUGAUAAUGUGUAUUUUUUUCAACAACAUAAGACAGUAUCAUGAUCACUAUGUAAAAAUGAAACUUAAAAAUUUAUUGUAAUAAUAAAUAUUGAUAUAAUGCUU